AAGUUGCUGUUUCUUGAAAUAUUUCGAGAAGUAUGGAAUCUCCCGAAGAGUACCCAGAUGAAGAUGAACCAUUUGACGAUACCGCCAUGUUUAGGGAUGAGACGGGUUUGAUGGCUGAUCUCGGAUUUCUAUCUCAUCUCCCUGAAUUGUGUGAUGUAACCUUCAUGGUCGGAGUGGAAAAGGAGUUGGUAUGUGCUGUUAGAGCUGUGCUGGCUGCAAGGAGUCCUGUGUUUUACCGCCAACUCUACCAAGAACCCCCUAGGAACACUGAGAAGAGAUCUCCAGGAUUAACGGAUAGAUUAAGAGCUCGUAAGAAUGUUGCAACUGCUCGUCUAAUUAAACGUAUCUCCACGCCUUUACUGGGCAGUCCUUAUCAGAAUUCCAGUGUGCCUUGUCACGUGACUGUUCGAGUAGACAUGUUUGAGUCAGAUGUUUUCAGACAAUUAAUGGAGUUUGCACACACUGGUCGGAUAGAUCUCCAGCCCAGGACUAUCACAGGUGUUAUAUGUGCAGCAGAUUUUUACCAAUUUGAUGAUUUACGUGACGGUGGGAUACAAUUCUUUCCCUCCUGUCUCAAGAUAGAUACAGUUUGUAUGAUUAUUCUUGAUUCUGAGAAAUAUUCCAAACACCCUCUCGCUACUUUCCUCAUGGAGAUGGUUCUAGAUUUUAUAGAUCAUAACGGCAACGAGGUUCUACAGCUUGGUUCCAUUGUUAAACUAGAAGAGAGAACCAUUCGCAAAAUAUUAUCAAG